GCCCGCUGCCCGCGUCCCCUGAGCUCGCACGUGUCACCAGCCAUGGGCAAGAUCACCUUCUACGAGGACCGCGGCUUCCAGGGCCGCUGCUUCGAGUGCAGCAGCGACCACCCCAACCUGCAGCCCUACUUGAGCCGCUGCGGCUCCAUCCGCGUGGACAGCGGCUGCUGGAUGCUGUAUGAGCGCCCCAACUUCCAGGGCCCCCAGUACUUCCUGCGGCGCGGCGACUACUCGGACCACCAGCAGUGGAUGGGCCUGAGCGACUCGGUCCGCUCCUGCCGCCUCAUCCCCCCAAUGGGCUCCCACAGGCUGCGGCUCUAUGAGAGAGAGGACCACAAAGGCCACAUGAUGGAGCUGAGCGAGGACUGCUCCUGCAUCCAGGACCGCUUCCACCUGGGUGAGGUCCGCUCCCUGCAGGUGCUGGAGGGCUGCUGGGUCCUCUACGAGAUGCCCAACUACCAAGGGCGGCAGUACCUGCUGAGGCCCCAAGAGUACAGGCGCUACCACGACUGGGGGGCGGGGGAUGCCAAGGCUGGCUCUUUGCGGAGGGUGGUGGAUUUAUACUAAAUAGGUCCACAUUUUCUCAGUUUGGAACCUAAUAAAGUAUUUAGUCUGUAUU